AUGGGUAGCCCCAGGCAACCUUUGCGUACGAGUCCGAAUGGCUCGACGGCACCGACACCGACACCAGGCUCGCGCGACGCCGCCCUGACAGGCGCCAAUUUGGCUUUCCUCAAGUCUCUACCACCACACGAGGCUCUAAAGUAUCUCAACAAGCGCACGCCGCCGCCGCUGCCACCCCCGGGGAAGACCCUUCACAACGCGCACCCGCAAACGCAUCCGCAACCGCAUCCGCAUCCGCAGCCCCGAGCGACACGCAGUCCCAAGACGCUCGCACAUAAUGACGGACCCGCCAGCAGCCGUACCUCGCCAGACCUGCUGAAGCUGCCCAAGCGACCACCGCACAAGACGAGCGCCUCGGUGUCGAGCCUCUCCGCUACCAUCGCUGCCGCUCGCGCUGCCCCAAAGCUCAACAGUGCGCCCGUCCAACCCGCCCCUCAGGCAGUGCUGGCCGCCAGGAAUAUCACUCCGGCAGUCGCGCAGCCAAAGAGACAGUCACCCGACAAGCUCGAUCUGACACCCAUCCCGCCGACAACUUCGCUGGUCGAGCUGUUUGAGCGCAAAGAAACCCCUCCACCGCCUGCCAUCAAGUCGCCAAAGCCCUUGCGCAAGACUCUUCUCCUGCGCAAUCAGGCGCUUGAGCCCAUCACAACUCGCUUGGAGCAGAAUGAGCGUGACAGCUCCGGUGACGAGGCCUAUGAGUCCGCCCGUGACCACCUCUCGCCUGACCAGCCUUACAAGCCAAGUUUACCACCAGCCCGUCGCUCCAUGCAGCGUGCCGACAGCAAGGUAGAAGAUGCCGUCGAACCCUCAAUUCAUGUACAGCCGCCCUCGCGCGCCAUCUCGAUCCGAAACAAGACUCGCUCUCCGCCACGUUGCUCGCCGUCCCCCGACCCCUCGCAUUUGUCGACGUCUACAAGCAAGCCCAUUCCAAUCGCUCGCAAUUACAGCCCGAACCACUUGACACAUCCAGAUCACCCGUCAAUCACCGCCGCCUACCACCAGCUCCAUCCUCGCCGAAUGACUCCGCUGAAGUCUGGCGACUCUUUGGCCAACGCCAUCGUUGCUUCGAGUCUUGCCUCUUCACGAGCCUCUUCGCCCUCCGUGCCCCCGCUAUCAUUACCUAGCCGUCGGACUUCCCACACCAAGCUUUUCAUCCGUACACCGAGUCCGCCAAAGAGGGGAAUGCGCCACACCCUGCGAAAACCCGUCUCCGACGAGGACAGCGACGAAGACGACGAGGAUCCAUAUUCAAAACACAAGAAGAAAAGAUUCGUGAGGAAACACCCGAAUAAACAUCACGAGGGAGACAGAAAGCGCUGGCGAGAUGCCGUCACCCAGACAGAGAGGAAGCGUUACGAAGGCCUCUGGGCUGCCAACAAGGGCAUCUGCGUUCAGUACACUCCUGACGAGUUGAACCUACUCGCUGCACAUCCAGAAUCAAAGGAGAGCGACAGGAUUCGCGCCGAUGUUGGGGAUCAGGUGGCCGAUAUCGUGGCUAGGGACAUUUGGCUGCGUAGUCGAUUACCACCGCACGAGCUGGAAUUGAUCUGGGAUUUGGUCGACAAUCAGCAGAGUGGACGUCUUCACCGCGACGAGUUUGUCGUUGGACUAUGGCUGAUAGACCAGAGGCUAAAGGGUCGCAAGAUCCCUGUCAAGGUUACUGACAGCGUUUGGAAUAGUGUGAGACUACUUUCUGGUAUCAAGCUGAGGAAAGGUUGA